CCAACACCCAGCCUUGCGUUUGUUUUGACGAGGACUAAAAAGAAAGGAAAAGAUUUAAUAGUGAACAAUCUCCUCGCUCUGAACUUCUCAUCUCACAUCCUCAACAACCAACAGUCGAGUUUUGAUCCUCAAACUCACUACCUCCAAGUACUCGCUUCGAAAUAUAUAGAUCUGCCUCCAAGGAACAAAGGGAACAACAAUGGACGCCUCGAAACUGCUAAUCGCCGGCCUGAAUUUCACACGCGCAGAGACUUUCAGCUCAGCCGUAUACCAAUUUGCAGCCGACCGAUCUCUCGUCCUCUCCGGCGUCGACCACUUUUCUCAAAUCUCAGCAGAGUUGCAGCAGAUAUGGGCUCAUUUCAUACAAUGGCUCUCCCAACCUGAAGUUCUUGCCGUUGUCACAGCGUGGUGGAUAACAUUCACCGUGGUCAUGACAAUCCUCCUAUGCCUCGGAUUCGGACCUGGAGGGAUAGUCGCUGGGUCCAUCGCCGCAUGGUUCCAAAGUUGGGCGUACGGGGGGUUCACACCAGCCGGCGGCAUCUUCGCUACCCUGACAAGCAUGGCGAUGCUGGGAGUGUUCAUGUGGCCGUUUGCGCUCCUGGCUGUGAUCAUGGCGACGGCGGUCGCGGUUGUUGUGUGGUGGGUGCAGUAGACGCUUGCUGGUGAUGUGGCUAGGUUGAGAAGGGUCUUCAGGUAUCGAAUUGAUUCUUGAGUCUGCAGAGGAAGUCAGAGAGUUAGCUUUGGUUAGGUUUUUGGUCUGGGGGAUGAGAUGGAAAGAGAGGGAUACAUGGAGUGUAGACUGUUUGUUCACCUGGGUAUAUUUUUAACUGCUGGUGAUCUUGUGAGACUUCUUGCGUAGCCACUAUCAACCCACAAGCAGGCCUCACUGAUGCCAAUGCAGACGGGAACCUUGAAUGCCAGUGGGAAAAUGACCGCUGAGCAUCCUUGGGGUCCGUGAAGGGUAGACAUCAUGCAAUGGAUAGUUACUUUUGCCUUUCCACCUGGCUGAAUAGUAG